UUUCAUUUGAAUUUUCUUUUACAUUUUAAUUUACCCGAUUUGUUUCUCUUAUAUUUCUGAUUUCAUGAAAAAGAUAUUCCCAUCCUCCACACAUCAACAAGGGACAUGUCCUUAAAGUGAAUGCUAUUUUCACCAAACAUCGUAAUUACAUGGAAUUUCUUUUAUUUUAUUUUAAAUUUGUUUGCUUCUUUUGUUUAUAUAUAAAAUUAUACAAAUCUUGUUACAACUGUCUCUUAAUUAAAUGAUGUACUAUAUAGAAAACAAAUCGCCUAACUCAGAACGUGAGACGUUAAAACAAAAACAUCUACUCACUUCUUCAUUACCUACUUGCAACUUGCUAGUAAAAUUUAUUCAUUUUAGCAAGAUGUUGAUUUACUUUUUAAAACCUUUUCCAGUUUUGAUUUAUUAAUUAAUAAAUUAUGUUUUAAAAAAUAUUUAAGUUAUGUUUUGUUUGCUUCUCAAGAAAUUUGGUAAUGGAAAAAAAUCAACUUGAUAAAAGUAAGAUCUAAUUUUAUUUAAUAAAAUUUAUAGCUUGAGAUUUGGCUUAGAUCUAUGAGAUUUUGAUCUAAAAAGAUCUGCCAUCUAAGAUUUUACUCAUCUAAAGAAAAUGGGUGAAAGUAGGGUUAAAACAAUAAAUAAUUAGGCAAGAACUAUAUGGGCCUAGCUAAAAGCCCAUCAAAACUUAAAAAAGUUGUAAAAAGGCAUGACGUAACCAACCUAAAACAGCACCUGAUCAACCUCUUAAUUCCGCAUCAAGUCACAUGUCGUUUUCAGUUUCCCUUAGAUUUCCCGGGAAAAGGAAAAUAAAUAAAUAAAUGGAAAAAGUAAAAAAUAACAAAAAGACAGAAGAGGUUUAUGUUUCAACGCUUAGUUAAAUCUGAAGAAGAAGAAGGAAAAAGAAAACAAGUCAAAACACUCAAUGGAAGAUCCUACCGCAAGCAAUGCGACUCCUCCGGCGAAUUCUUCUCCUCACCUCAGUCCACCACCGUCGAUGAGCACUCCGAUCAUCUCACUCGAGUCACGAAUCAACCGUUUGAUCAAUGCCAACCAAUCUCCAUCGCCAUCACGGUCUAUAUACUCUGAUAGAUUCAUCCCCAGUAGAUCCGGAUCCAAUUACGCGCUCUUCGAUCUCGCUAAAGACGGGAAAGAAGACGGAGCUGGCUCUUACGCGACUCUGCUACGCGCGGCGAUGUUCGGUCCCGAGACGCCGGAGAAGAGAGACAUCACUGGGUUCUCUACGUCGCGAAAUAUUUUUCGGUUUAAGACGGAGACGAAUCGGUGUUCGGAUUCGUUUUCGCCGUUUGUGUCUGAUGAUGGUCCUGGUGUUAGCCAGAGUCCGAUCAAGGCGUUGAGGAAGGUGUCGCGAUCGCCCUAUAAGGUACUAGAUGCACCGGCUUUGCAAGAUGAUUUUUAUUUAAAUCUGGUUGACUGGUCAGCGCAGAAUGUUCUUGCGGUGGGAUUAGGGAACUGCGUGUAUUUGUGGAAUGCUAGUAGUAGCAAGGUUACUACGCUAUGUGAUCUAGGGGCUGAUGAUAGUGUUUGCUCAGUAGGUUGGAACUUCCGUGGAACUCAUCUGGCUGUUGGAACUAGUAACGGGAAAGUACAGAUAUGGGAUGCGUCGCGGUGCAAGAGGACAAGAACAAUGGAAGGACAUCGUCUAAGAGUUGGAGCACUGGCAUGGAGCUCAUCUGUUCUUUCAUCUGGUAGCAGAGACAAGAGUAUUCUUCAAAGAGACAUACGUUGCGAAGAAGAUCAUGUCAGUAAACUCACAGGUCACAAAUCCGAAGUAUGCGGACUCAAGUGGUCUUACGAUAACAGAGAGUUAGCAUCUGGUGGAAACGACAAUAGGCUUUUUGUAUGGAACCAACAUUCAACACAACCAGUAUUGAAAUAUAGUGAACACACAGCAGCGGUUAAAGCAAUUGCUUGGUCUCCUCAUGUGCACGGGCUUCUUGCUUCUGGUGGUGGGACUGCUGAUAGAUGCAUACGUUUUUGGAAUACAACCACAAAUGCUCAUUUAAGUUCCAUAGAUACUGGCAGUCAGGUAUGCAAUCUAGCUUGGUCUAAAAAUGUAAACGAGCUGGUUAGCACGCACGGAUACUCCCAAAACCAAAUCAUAGUCUGGAAAUACCCAACCAUGUCCAAAGUUGCAACUUUAACCGGUCACACAUACCGUGUUCUGUACCUUGCGGUCUCACCUGAUGGACAGACGAUUGUAACAGGAGCAGGAGAUGAAACCUUAAGGUUCUGGAAUGUCUUCCCAUCCCCAAAAUCUCAGAACACGGAUAGUGAAAUCGGUUCAACAUUCUUUGGUAGAACAACAAUAAGGUGAAAAGAUCUUACAAAACACACAAAGACAGAUCAUAAAUGUCCAUUUCAGUUCUUCAACAUCAGCAGCCUCUUGAGUUGGUCUUCUCAACCAACGUUUUUCAAACGGAUGCAAAAAGAUAACCCUUUUGAUAUAAUACAACCAUCUGGGUUUGUCACAAAAUUUUCAAAUUGUAUAUCUUUAUUCAAAUUUUUCUUUUUAUUCGUCAUCAUAUAUAAAAAAUUUGUUGUUCAAAUUUACUUACGAAUAUAGAUGCAAUAAUUUGUCGCCCUAUUCUCCAUAUAUUA